AUGGCCACAAAAGCUUCCUCCGCCGCCGGCACCUUCAAACGCUGGGGCCGCCGCGACCCAGAACUCUACGGCAUGCUCGCUAUCGUCGGCGGCAUGUUCGCCUGGGCCGGUUCCCAUUUCGCCCGCAAAAACGGAACUUCGGAAACCGAAACCGAGGUUGUACACCCCGUUCACUCCGCUAUGCCUUGGGAGGGCGACGCCAGCGACAAAUCGGGGAAGGAUUUCAAGUACAAGUAUCAUCCGGGAGGCGAUACGAGUCGGGAGCCGAAGGAGGCUCCGGGGGCUUUGACGAGGAAGGAGGUCAAGGUCAGAAAUGUGGAUCCGGAGGUUUUGGAGAAGUUGAGUCAGAAGUAA